UGUGGGCUGCCAUGGACACACGAGUUACCUAGGCGUGUCGAGUGCACGCAGACAGGAGUUUCGACACUUCUCUCGCGCUACCAAGGUUGUUGUCACUCGACAUUUGAUGGUGAAGUUUCAACAAGAAAACGGACUAAGGAAAAUAAAUCGACACAAGUUAGGAUAUUGGGGCAGCAGCUGAUCCAAGAGCAAACACCAUGACUGCACCCCAAACCGGCUGAGAGCUCCUUGACCAAAGAUGCAACCAGGAGGUCCACCCGCUCCACCACCACCACCACCACCACCGCCUCCACCACCACCACCACCACCACCUCCACCUCCAGGCCUUGGCCUCCCUCCAUCACUACAUGGCUCUGGCAUUAAUGCCAAGGGAGCGCACCGGCGCUCCAGGAUGCGCAAUUUCAACUGGGAAACCCUCCCCAAAGCCAGUGUGGAAGGAAAACACAACAUCUGGACAGCAGAUAAAACUGAUGGGGAAUAUGAGCUGGACACUAAACACAUGGAGGAGCUGUUCAGCCGCAAGCAGGACCAGCAACAACUCAAGGCCCUGAACCGCCAGAGCCUGAGGGGCCUGCCAACCUGUGCCUCAGGAGGGGUAAUGGUUUCCAUCCUCAGCUCCAAGAGAAGCAUGAACAUUGGAAUUUUCCUGAAGCAAUUCAAGCGGUCUGUAAAAGACAUGAUUGAAGAAAUUAAAUCAGGAAGCAGUCUCACUUUUGGUCCUGGAAAACUGAAGGAGCUCUGCAAGCUGCUGCCAGAUGAAGGGGAGAAGAAGCAGCUGGUCAGUUUUAAGGGUGACCCUUCUGUUCUCCCUGACGCAGAUCUGCUCAUGCUAAUGCUUGUCAAGAUUCCCAGCUAUGAAGAACGUCUCAACAGCUUGGUGCUCAAAGAAGAACUUUUCCCCCAAAUGGAUGAAAUGAAAAAAUACAUCAGCACUUUGACAGCAGCUGGAAAUGAGCUCUUGGAGUCGGAUAACCUCCAUUCUGUCAUUCGCCUGGUGCUGAAGACUGGAAAUUAUAUGAAUGCUGGUGGCUAUGCAGGCAGUGCAAUUGGAUUCCGAAUGGCCUCUUUGUUGAAGUUAGCAGACACUAAAGCAAACAAACCAGGAAUGAAUCUGAUGCAUUAUGUAGUGAUGCAAGCCCAGAAAGCAGAAGGGGACCUGCUUAAUUUUGCAGACCAACUCACACAUAUUGAAGAUGCAGCAAGGCUGAAUAAAGGUGAAAUAGAAGCGGAGUAUGAAAAGCAGGUAAAAAGAGUGCAAGAUGCCAAAGGAGACACCCUGAAGCAAGAGGACCUAAAAGUGCAGAUGGAGGAUUUUCUAAAGGAGGCUGAGGUCUGCUUAGCAGAAAUGGAGACAGACAUUCAGGAUCUACAGUCAGUGAGUGACUCUGUGGCUGAGUACUUCUGUGAAAACCCAGAGAAGUUCAAACUGGAGGAGUGUUGCUCCAUUUUCCACUCCUUUUGUGAAAAAUUCAUGCGGGCCAUGCAGGAAAAUAAGGCUCGAGAGGGGGCAGAGGUGAGGCGGAGACACAGAGAAAGAUUGCAGAAUACCGUCAAACGUAGGUCAACAGCUACCUGCUCCAUUAGAGACAAAGAAAUGGAAGGAAUUCAAUUGCAAUCUGUCCUACAAAACUUUCUCACCAGUCGUUCUCCUCGGAGGAGACCCGGGAAACCCUCAUCUUCAUAUGGAAGCCCGACAAGUGGCAGUCCUAACAACGGGAGUCUAUCUGAAAUAAACUCUCAGGCAAACCACCCCACUGGAAUUCAAAAAAGAGGAGGCUCUGUGAAAGCUAUGGACAUGGGCAGAAAAGAGUGGAGUUCAGCUGAUGAACUCACAGACAAACCUCCACAAAAGGGAACUCCAACCAAGAGCGAGGACAACAAGGCAAAAGGUGGUAUUUCCAAUGUUCAAGUGGUGAACACUUCCAGAAAAGAGGACUCCAAAGGUUUAUCACAGCCAGCCAACAGGACCACCACCAUUUCCUCCUCAGGCAGACUUUACUCCGCCACCACUGAUGAUAGUGAGGAAGACCUACAGGAUAAUAACGAGGAGGAGGCCCAAAGAUUGCGGGACGCGUCUAAAAAAGUUUUGCGUUUUCAGAAAAGCCGUAGCAGUGUCUCAUCCGAUUCUUUUGAAAAUCAGAAAUCUCCUGGUCCACAAGUCAAAUUGACUCGUCAACGCACCUUUAAUGAGGAUGCAGAGAGGUAUCCUGGAGAUCCCACCAAUGAAGAUUUAGUUAGACUUUUGCUAAAUCCUGAGUCUUUCUCCAAAUUUGACCUUGGCCGCCGCCAUACUCUACCUUCUAAAGUUCCUAAAACUGACGAAGAGGAAGAUAAACUGUCUCCCAAGCCUUCGGUAAGAUCUCCUUCUGCGGCAAGAGAAAAAGUGACACUGCCACCAGAAGGUUCUGAACAAAAUCCUUCCAAACAAGUGUUUGACUUUACCAACAUAUCUCAGAGCUUCAAAAAUGCUGGUUACAAAGACCAGCAUUCUCCAUCAGCAGAAAAGAAAAGCAAGCUGAAUGUUUCUGUAAACCAUGUUCCGGAUGCUGGACAUGAGGAGCAAAUCAAAGUGGACAAAUCAAUAAAGCCGUCAGGGAACCCCUUGCGAAGAAAUAGUGAAAACCCCCCUAACAGUGCAUGGACAAAGACUGAAAACUCUGGACUAUUUUUUAGCUUUUUAAAACGCCUUGGAGAUAUGAGCAAACUGCAGACUAGCAAGGAAACUGUCCUUAAGGGCAAUGAUUCUAGUGUUUAGGCAUUGAGAUGUAUAAAAUGUAAGGUCAGCAAAACACAAGUAGCUUUAGUGUUACUUGAAUUACCCCGUCAUGGUGAUUGCGUUAUUUAAUGUUAAGGUUGUGAAUAGUAAUGAGGUUUUUAAAAAGACAGAGAGAUGCUUCCAUGAAAGUGGUUCGAUUGGUGGUUAGAGGACGUUUUUCUUGAGGAAAGGCAAUUAGCAUGUUGUACCACUAGAUGGCAGAAACUGAGAGUAACAUGGAACAUUGUUGCUCAGAAAAUAAGGUUGUUGUUGAUUUCCAGGCAAUCUGUACAUUGUAACCAAAGAAUGAUGGUCACACUGUAAACCAUUUCCCUAUUUGUUAUCCUUAAUAUUAACUUUAUUUUGACAGUAAGGUGUUUUCUGUUGGACAGAUGGGAGAAUAUACUUAUAGUGUGUGUGUGUGUGUGUGUGUGUGUGUGUGUGUGUGUGUGUGUGUGUGUGUGUGUGUGUGUGUGUGUGUGUGUGUAUGUGUGUGUGUGUGUGUGUGUGUGUGUGUGUGUGUGUGUGUGUGUGUGUGUGUGUGUGUGUGUGUGUGUGUGUGUGUGUGUGUGUGUGUGUGUGUGUGUGUGUGUGUGUGUGUGUGUGUGUGUGUGUGUGUGUGUGUGUGUGUGUGUGUGUGUGUGUGUGUGUUCUUUGUCUGGAUUACAAUGUGAAACCUUUCCUUAUGUGUUGAGAAAGUUCAUGGACGUUUAGUGAGGGAGCAUAAAGAAAUGCAACAGUUUGUACAAUCUUGGUUUGAUUAUUAUUGUUUUAUAUUUUGAUACUUCUUGUACUGCAUGCUUGAAUUCAAUACUGUUUUGCAAUCAUGAACUUCUUUGCUUUUUGCCUAUUUUUUUCAUCCUCUGUUCCUGUCACAUAAUCACAUCAAAAAUGCAGAAGGUUGAUGAUGCUUUCAGGGUCUCACACAAUUCAGCCAUUGUUAUGACCUUAAAUGGGUCAGUGUUACAUAGGUAACCUGUAUGUAAGCAGAACUGUAUCAUGGACUGUCCAUUGCAAAGUGAAGGGUGCUGAUUUCAAAUUAACUUGAUAACAGAUUACUGUGGUUGAAGGGCCAACUCCCGGUUGCCUAUUACGAAGGAAGGGAAUCAGCCUUGCUUCAUUUGCCACUGUGCACUGCUUGUGGCAAAGCCAGGCUAUGACCCCAAUUUCUCCACUGGAGCAGAUACAAGGGGUCAGUGAGGCCACAGCCUGGGCCAAUACAUCUAGAAUUUCAAAAUGUAAGUUCAACCUUGUCCAGCUUUCUGACUGAAGUGUACCAAUGAGGUAAUGACAUUUAUUUGAAACUGUUUUUUUUUAAAAAUAAUUCACACAGCAAUGGAGUGAUCUGAAUGCGUUCAGAUUUUAUUGUUGCAAUUUAAUAUAUUUUAUUUGACUGAUAUGGAUAGCCACCAAUUUCAGAAAAUCAUUGGUGUUGUCACUGAAUCGUGUUCUUCGGUAACUGUAUCUCUAAUCAUUAAGAGUGAUAAAUAAAUAUGUAUGGAUACCUGUU